UCCCGCAUGCCCUGCCUCUCGUGCCAGACACUACGCACAAAUGCUCCACCUCCUCUCUUCUCUCCCUCCCUCUAUUCAUCUUACACCCCCCCCUCCCGCCAUACAUCCCUCCCUCCUUCCAACCCUCCCAUCACCCAAGCCACUCUCUUCCCCCCACUCAAGCCCCUGUGUGGCUGAGCAAGUUGGAGUGCGCGCUUGCCUUGCUGGCGUCCGAGAUGUAACGAAACCGGAGCGAAUUCGUAACGCGACGCACACGUGCUCAGCGACGCUGCCGCAUCCUCCGUACGCGACGCGGACCCACGCACGGAUCUAUAAAUAGGGAAGCACAGUGAAACGACCAACGCAACAAAGAGUGCCAACAGAAAACAAAGGGGGGGUGGAGGUGGGAGGAACAAGAAGCCACGAGUUUGUACGGAAACAACAGAAACACCCCGUGGACAACAAAAGGUGGACGGACGGCGUGCGUGGAGGAGAGGAGAGGAAGAGAGAGAGAGCCGGGGCUGAGAUAUCAACGAACUUGAAGAUUCGCACAGAUCCCGUGGAUAAGUGGUGGCAUAAACACCAGGUUUACGCCAUAGGCACAGCUCUAAUUUGCUGUUUGUUGAGCCACAGGCUGAUCGAGGGGAAACGAGGCGGAUUUGGUGGUGGUGGUGUGGUGGGUUUCGCCGAAGCGAAACGUGCUAUGGAAGAAGCGAAAGCUGCUGAAACCGCAGCAGCGGCGACUUGACGUCCGCAUGUGUACAGCUCGCAUGCCGUCGGGCACCUAAAGUGGGCUUGGGGGGGGUGGUUGGUCCGUUUGGAGGAACGUCGGAGGCUCACUUGUUGGAACGUUGGUUGGGACCGACUGGGUUGUUGAGUCAAACGACGUUGUUGAGGAAGAUCGCUCCCCGUAGUUGGGGUUGGAGUGUGUGGGAGCGGGGGGGGGGUGCAGGAGACUCGCUUGUUGGAACCGCCACAAGUUGGAAGCGCGGUUCGGAACGUUGCUUUGAGCCUCGCUUGUUGGAUAGUGUUGCCGUGCUGGGAACGCGUUGGUUGGAGUAAACGGACGCGGAGUUUGUUGGACCACGUUCGACAAAUGACAAAUUCGCAACGUUCGUUUGAACGAAGUUGGCAAUUCGGUUGUGUUGGCAAGCCAGUGGAUAGAUGAUAAAUUUGAAGCUCUGCUUGGCACGUUCGCUUUGAGCCUGAAUGUUGGGAUCGUUCGCCGACGCUCGUUUAUUGGAACUGAGUUGGUCGUAAGCUCGGCUUGUAACGUGAUGUUGCUCAUUUGUUGGAACCUUUGACCGGACGCUGACUUAUUGUUACGAAGUUAUAAGGCUCGGCUUGGAACGCUACGAUGCAACGUUAUUGGAGAGUUCGCUAAAGGAAGGGGCUCGCUGAUUUGGAACUGCUCAAAGAAGAGGAAGCAAACUCAAUAUUCAGACAACGGAUAAUCAUUGAGUUCUGAGCGUCUCGGAAGGCACGGGGAGAUGAAAGUGAUCGUGUACUUCAAGGAUACCAGUGUUCUGGUGCCAUGUGGGGAUGGCCACAUCCUGGUCAAAGAUCUCAUCCGACAGGCCGUGACCAGGUACAAGAAGGCAUUCAACAAGGACGCGAGCCACCCCGUGCUGGUGCAGUACCUGCAGCACGCCGACGGCGGGAUCCUCGACUCCGACGACCGCCUCUGUGACAUCUGCGAUGACAAGGACAAGCUGAUCGCGGUGUACGAGGAGCCUGGGAUGGGAGCGUCUGAUGAGAGCCCGGCACCCCAGAGGCGGAGCUUCGUGGAGACCACGUCCCCACUGACCCCCCCAUCCGAUGCGUGGGCGGCGUCCGCCUUCCACCCGUACCGACCCGACCUGGGUCAGGGCAACGCGACGGCGAGCACCCUGCCCAGCGGAGCAGCCGCGAGAAUUCAUCACAGCGGGGACGGGGACCCCCACCGGCCUCCGGGGGAGCCCCCCACACGUUGCGCCCCCCUCUUCGACGGGAGGGCGACCCCGCCGCCCCCCGGCGCCGCCCCCGGGAUGGGCCCCGCGUUCCCCGCGGGCCAGGAUCGCGGGACUCCCAGCUGCGACGCUCGGGACUAUGAAGAGAAUGGGAACAAUAUUGUCAAGUCAUCUCUGCGGAAGAACGAUUUGGUGGACUGGUCUUCUUGUCUAAGUGACUUUUGCAAAGUGAUUCACGUUCCGAGCGAAGGAGGACCUCUGGGCAUACACAUCGUUCACUUUGGGACCAAAUUACGGAGGAGCCUGGGGCUGCUCGUGAGGGGGGUGGAUGAGCAGGGGAGAGCGGCGCACCACUGCUGGUUUGAAAAGGGCGACUGCAUUGUCAUCAUCAAUGGGAACAACCUCCUUGACAAGACGUUCGACCAGUCACAGCAGAUCUUCAUGCAGGCGAUGCGAGUCGGGGUGAUGGUCAUUCACGUGGUGCCUGCACAGCAAUUGGAGAGCUACCAAAGAGCCCUGGAGUUGAUUGACCCAGAUUCGGACACCCCGAACGGCGGCCUUGGAUCUAUGAGCCCACCAUCUUGCUUCUCUCCCAUGGAUUCUCGCUUUGACUUUGGAGUGUCGGGCGGCGGAGGUGGGGCAAAGGCGGGGGCCACCGAGAUGCGGGGAGGGGGCGAGCCCCCAGGGUCCCCCAAGGGCCACGCUUCGCCCGGCGGCGUCGUGUCCGGCCUGCGCAAGCUGUCGACGCCCACCGCCCUCGGCUGCCUCUCGCGCAAGCUCAGCAAAAAAGCGUCCAUCCGGCUCAAGAAGGGGCCUGAAGGGCUAGGCUUCACCAUCGCCACAAAGGAAGGCCCGAUCGGUGAGCACAACCCCCUCUACGUGAAGAGCGUCCUCCCUCGAGGAGCCGCCGUGGCGGACGGGCGGAUGAAGCCGGGCGAUCAGCUGCUGGAGGUUAACGGGCAGGAGGUUGCAGGAAAGAGUCAGGAGGAGGUGGUUUCCUUGCUCAGGGCCACGCGACUCGGUGGCGCCGUGACCCUGUCCUUGCGACGGCAAGAGGACACUUUCCUGCCGCGGCCCAUCCAGAAGGCGGGCGGCGACGGCGACGAGGUGGAGGGCCCCGCGGCGGGCACGGGGUCGGCCACCGUGCCCCCCCCCGAAACGCCGAGAAGAAUGUUCACCUACGAGAUCCCCCUCAAUGACUCGGGCUCCGCGGGGCUCGGCAUCAGCGUGAAGGGCUCGCGGGAGGACGACACCGACCUCGGCAUCUUCGUCAAGUCCAUCAUCUUUGGCGGAGCCGCCUCCAAGGACGGGCGGCUGCGCGUGAACGAUCAGCUGGUGGCGGUGAACGGGCAGUCGCUGCUGGGCCGCACCAACUCCGAGGCCAUGGAGGUCCUGCGCCGCUCCAUGUCCACCGACGGGAACGUGCGGGGAAUGAUCCAGAUCGUGGUGGCUCGCCGCGCCGUCCGCUUCAGCCAGCCGAUCGUCCCUCAGGGCUCCUUCAAGGCAGUUUCACCGGGACACGUGGAUCAGACUCACUCGGACUACAACUCCCUCCUUUAUCACACGACCGGAGCCCACCAAUCAGGGCUGAAGAAUGGCAUUCUCGGAGGGUGGGGGACGUUACCCAGGGACCGAGAAUUAGCGGACAGCCCCCCACCCCCUCUCCCGCCACGGCGAACGCCGCUCCUCAACCACAGCUCCUGGACGGACGGCGGAUCGGGGCCACGGGGCACGCAGUGGCCUCCUGCCGUCACGAGCGUGGGCUGGUGCCACGAUUCUGAGGAUGAGCCGGGGUGGCCGAGCGUCCAGGGCCACGGGAGAGGUCUUGGGGACGACGGCCCCGCUGAUGGCAUCAGGCACAGGAAGUCGCGCAGCAUGGACAUCAUCGCCGACGAAAACGACCGCGGCCGCGCGUCGCAGCAGAGGGCAGGCUGGAACACGAGGAGUGUAGGCCCUUCCCUCGGCCUGGUCAUGUCCAGCUCGCUCGAGAGCCUUCAGGCCGCGGUGGCCGCGGCGUCGGGAGCCAACGACGGCGGCGAGCUCCAUCACGACGGCGACUUCUACUACGACGACGACGACGACGACGACGACGACGACGACUAUGAUGGAGGCGACGGUGGCGGCGACAGCAGCGGCCACGGCGUCUUCUCGCCGGGACGCCCACGCUCCGGCCUCGGCCGCGGGCGAGCUUGCAACGCCAGCUUCCGGGCCGCCAUCGACAAGUCGUACGAGGAGGGCGGCGGCGGUGCGGGGAUGGGCGCGAGCGACGCAGAGUCGUGGGUCACCGAGUCGCGCAGUGCAGGCUCCAGCCGGCACGGGCGCGGGGAGGGAGAGGGCAGCGACCCCGACACGUUGGAGGAGGAGACGGUGGACAGCCCUCGCUGGCGCCCGCCUAAGGCCCUCACCAACCGCCUCCAGUCGCUCUCGCAACCGGGAUCCCCCCGGGGACGGCACAACGGCCGCGGCACGGCAGGAAAGGAGAAGAAGAGCAAGCCGGAGAAGGAGAGGGAGCGCGGCAAGGACAGGGACAAGGAGAAGAAGGAGGGCAUUAUGAAGGGACUGGGAGUUAUGUUCAGGUUUGGGAAGAGCAAAAAGGAAGAGAAAGCGGUGAAGGUGGAGAGGAAGGGAUCGAGGAGAGAUGACAGCAUCCUCACCGACGAGGAGAUCAGCAUGAUGAGGAGGGAGCAGGAGAGGAUCCAGGCGAAGCAUCGCGAGUUGCGGGAGCAGCAGGCGCGCGACCGCGAGCUCAAGCUGCAGCGCGAGCGCGACAGCCUCGGCGCGGCGAGCCGGAGCGGCCCCGAGUCCCGCCACCGCCCCUCUUCCCCGCCCUCCUCCCGCGGCAACGCCGCCGCCGCCGCCUCCGUCGCAUCCGAGCCGCUGCCGUCCCCUCCCGGCGCCGGCGGCGCCGCGCUGCCGGAGAUGGAGGACGACGACCUGGACCCCGCGUACGCCAGGGUGUCGCGCUUCCUCGUGGCGGAGGACCGCGGGGCGGCGGCAGGUGAACGCGUCGCCUCCUCGGCCCCGGCCGCCACCGCCGCCGCCCCGGUGGCCGCAACCCAGAAUUCCCCGGGUGUCGUGGUGGACGCGGACAUCGACGCGCUGUACGCGAAGGUGGACAAGACGCGGAGGCUGUCGGCGCCGCGAUCUGCCGGCGGCAGCGGCGGCGGCGGCGGCUCUCGUCCACCCUCGAGCAGCGAGGAGCGCGUCGCUCAGCUGCGGCACGAGUUCCAGAAGCUGCGCGCCGACGAGGCACGGACGACGGACGCCGGCUCGGCCGACGGGAUGACCGGGCCGGUUCCAGGGCCCGCGGAGCACCGGAGCGGCCGCCACUCGGUGUCCGUCGAGAUGCAGCAGCAGCAGCAGCACAGGCGGCAGGAGGAGCGCGAGGGGCUGCUGCUGUCGCCCACGCGGCGGCGGUACAACUCCCUGCCGCGGCUCGCGAAGAAGUCUCCUCCGCGGAGCCAAUCGGGGCCUCCCGGCAGCGUGGGCUGGGCCUUCCGGGGCGCGGACGACGCGUCGGCGUGGAACGGCCACGCUGGGCGGCCGGCCCACCCCAGCUCGUGCCACAGCCUGGAAGAGGAGGAGGGGGGGGCGGCGGUGUUCGAGUUCCCUUGUACCGGGCGGCGGGCGCACAGCCCCCUGCGCAGGGACGUGCCGCCCCCGCUUGGCGGCGGCGGCGGCACGCCGGCCGACGCGCCGAACUACGCGGCCGAGAUGCAGAGGCUCGCGGGCCCGGCCGCCGCCCGGCCGAACCGCGUCUGAAGCCACGGGCGCGUUUCGUGCGUUGCGUUGUGGCGCGCGCGCGUGGAGGCGGCGAGCUAGCCGGGUGCGCUGCGGACAAACGUGAAGCAACGGACGCUGGCGGUCGUGGGAUAUGCGUAAACAGGCACGCGGAUUACACUGGAGUAGGAGUGGCAGGCGACAGCAUGGCCUCUUAUAGUUGGAUGCUAUUUUAUUUAAAUUCUCCCCCCACGUUUUCUAGCGGCAAGACGGCUAAUGUGUUUUUUUUAUAUAUAUUGUGCAUCUGCAGGGCCAUUUUUAUGUAUGUUCUGUAAAACACUGCAUUUUGUGGUGUUAAACUGUGUAAUGUAACUGGUAAUGGUGUUGAGCAAAGUGGGACAUGUUUUCAAGGUGUUCUGUGCCCCUGAGCCACUUGUUGAGAAACGAAGGACUGUGAAGGCCUCACGCAGGAACGUUUUAGCCAAUCUGAACUGUGUUUUUGUGAUCAUAUGGGUUCGAUCAACCAAUCAUAUUGCUUUAAUAAAAAAAAAUUACGUGUCUAGUUUUUCUGAGCCUUUCCAACAUUUAAUGAUUCAGCAAUAAUAAUAAAACAUAUUUUCUCAUGCUUACGAUACAUGCAUCGAAUUGUGCAUGUGAAAACUGACUGCUGGAUUUUGAACUUCAAAUUCUAUGCUGUUACAUUUCGACUUGGGGGUGCUGCUGUGGAGUAAUGGUGUUUGUACAUCAGACUUGCAUGACUGGACAUCUGUGAAACAGAGAUUUAUAGCUCAUCGGAUUCCUCCAGUAUAAAUGCACAUUCUGAUUCUGCACUGCAGAGGUCACCGGUUCAAUUUGAACCCUCCACUGCAGCAGUUCAAACGAUGGUGCAAGUGUUAAUUUAAAAAAACGUCCCUCUCGCUGUACGGGUACACUACAGUCGACCGGGAGUGUUCCUCGUGGUGGGGUACGAUUUAGGAAGUCCAACCUCUUCCAAGCCAUCUGCCCAGCAUUGGAAGAGUAGGCCAAAGUAUCCUCGAGAGAGUGAGAGAGCUUCAAUAGGAGGCCAUUCCACCAGCGGUGAUGCGAGCAAGACAUUUCAGGGGCUGCUCCUUUACCUUCAGUUCAUGCGAAUGAAGUGAGCAACACUCUGCAAACAAUCAGAACAAAAUUGGAAGCUGUGCCGAUAAGACGGCAAAUAUGAAGAUCGAGCGAAAACGAAUAAUAUUUUCCGAAAUGCAUUCGUGGGGACCCCUGAAUUCAUGGAAUCGCUGGUGGUGGGAUGAUUUGUUACGCGCGUCUAAGUGCUUGUCAACACUUUCGAUACAUUUCGGAGAACCCGUGUCAUCGUGAAUACUGACGCGGGCGCGGUUGGCCGCGUCACCAUCCCAAGGCAUCGUUUGUGUGACCCUCGGUAGUUCUCACGUCUUAGUCUCCCAUCGGUGGUGUCUUAUUAAAGCACCUUAAAGACUUCUAAAUUCAAAUCAAAAACCUUUUUUUCAUUCCAUGGUCCACUACCUGUCCCAUUCCUUAUUCGUUCCGAAGGUAGAAAAUGUAAUCGCCUUUAACGGGUGAUCACGUACGUUCCGGUAAUGUUUUUAAUUUAAACGUCUGUAGAACACAGACGUUAAAGUGUAACAGAUGCCUCAUGUGCUCUCAAUAAAUUAAUAACGCUUGAUCUCGAAGUAUGUUAACUUCACAAUGACGGUCCAUUGGGAUCCGUCUGAAUAGAUGUUUCUGGCACGGCUUAAAUUUUCAGAGGCAUGCGGUUUUUAUUAUUUGACUACCCUAACUGAAUUUAUGAUCCUUCAUUAUUCGAGUGGAUAGCUGCUUAUGCGUGCAAUAUAUCAUGGGUGGUGUAAACAUUAAACCUGCCCAGUAAUUCACUUAAAAUGUUGCAGUCAAGAGUCUGCAUUUGAUUCUUAAUUUGUUUUUGUUACAUUGCCGUGAAUAGUAGCGGCCUCUAGUGGCUGCAGAGGGUGACGUGACUAAUCUAAAUCAUUAGUUGAAGAAUCUGUACAUGCAUCGAUGCAUCGUCCCACUCGUUCUGUACAGUGCAGGUAAUGACUUCUCAACAUCUCAAAGGAAAACCACAAUGCCGAUUUAACCUUAGCACACAGCCUCUGGAAUUUUAAUUUACCACAAACUGCCCUUGUUCUCCCGAGAUUUAAAUCAUCCAUCUAUGAAAGCACGCGCGUUAAACUCCGAUUUCAGCAAAUGUAGAUAGGCGGGCACCUGUGGAUGAGAAACAGACUUCGUGGCAGCGUAUACUUUGAAGUCUCUGCAUAUUUUUAGGUUGCGUGUCUGUCGCUUAAAAUCCCUAGCCCUUUUUUUCCUUUCCCGAAGAUGGUGUAAACACGUUUUUUUUUCCUCUUUAAAGAAAGGAGAAGAGAAAAAGCGGAACUGCAACAAUUUAAAAGGACUGUUGUCUUGCCGGGCCAAUGAUACGCGUUUAAUGUUGUGUUCCGUGUAAACCGUUGCGCAUUUCGGGUUUGACGAGGGUGUGAACACAUUGGGCGAAGUGGAAAUUUCCUCGGGAGAAAACGCUUCUCCUCUGGAGUGGAUGCGGUGAAUUGCUCCGACUGGAAAAGCCAUAGGGGGCGAGAGUUAUGCAAUCCGAGACUGGAUUUCCCAUUACUUGUUUCCAUACCCGGCUCUCUUUACUACCACUUUCUGCGGCGGUUUUUUGUGUGUGUGUGUAACUUCUCCCCGAAACCAAAAAUCUCCAAAAUGGGCAUCAUUUUACGUUUGUGCGUGCGUGCGCGUGUGUAUAUAUCCAACUUCUCUCUCGCAUCGUACGUAGCCAAAACCGUGCUAAUCGUCAACAUGUCCAAUAGUUUAACCAACUCAAUGUGGCCCGCACCUCAAGGAGGCCGCGCGCGUGUCAUUUAAUCACUGUCGAGGGGUGAUGCAGUCCGACAGGCAGGGGAGGCGACGCAGUGUCGUGAGGUCUCGACUUGAACUCGACAGGGGCAGCUGACAGCACGGAUGACUGUGUGUGGGGAGGGGGGGGGGUGCCAGCCUAGAGGGGUAGCAGCCACAGGAGGAUGAGCAAAUCAUCGCACUGAUCGAAGGGCGACUUGGGUCGCGACCUUUGAUCGAGAUCUUUGGUAGCGGCGACGACUUCUGCAGCGGUGGGAGUCGAUUCGUUGAAGCUGGAACGUUAUUAGCAAGCUAUUGGGUAAAUCUUGACUGCAGGAAAUCAUAUCCUUUGGGUCUUUCGGUAAAGUCACGUAGAUAGGUUCAAAGAAAAGAACACAAAAAAAUUACGGAAAAAACUACGACGUUUCGAUCGCAACACGAGCGGUCGUCAUCAUUCGUGGCACGUUCCUGAUGACGGCCCGUUUGUGUUGCGAUCGAAACGUCGUAGUUUUUGUUUGUUAUUUCCUUUGAACCUUUCUAUACGUGACUUUACCCAAAGACCCAAAGAAUACGUAUUCUGGUACUUGUAGGGCUUUCGUAAACCGUUCUUUGGUCGGUGGGCAAAGAAUGUCACGCAACGCAACGCGAGCCUGAAAUUAUUGCGUGUAGUCCGCACCUUGCAAAGGUUCUACACAUUUGUACGUGAACUGGAUGCCACUGUCAAAACUUGGGCUCGAUGAGCGACCGAGAGACGGGGAGUAAGAAAAAAAAUCGAAGAACGAUAUAUAUAAACUAUAUACAAACGAUGUGGCCACAAUUUUUUUUUUGCCGUACGAAUUCCGUCAGAAAAAAUAUCCACGUGUCAAAAUAACAACACCGAGUCGAUUUCUUUCAGCUUACUGCUCUCGGUCAAAUCCACAGUUCGUUUCCGCCGAGCUUAAAUACGUUUAACGUGGCUCAUUGUUUUUUUUUCGGUAAAGUCACGUAUGUAGAAAUACAAUAAAAUUAUAUUAAAACAAAAAACAAUCACGACGUUUCGAUCACAACGCAAGCGAUCUUCAUCAGGUGUCAAGAACAAAUCACGGAGGUAAAUACGACGAAAAGAUGAGAGACGAGAAUUCAACAAACCUGAAAAAACAUUAUGUUGAAGCACUUCCAGUCAGGCCAAUAACACAGUUAGACACUUCCUGGCGGACCACGAAUUUCAGAAGAGUGUUAAAUUUCGUGUUCAACCUUUGGAUUGCACAUACCAGCAUAGAUAGAAUGAAAAAUACGAGGUACACGGUCAGUUGAAAUACAUAUACAAGUCCGCCAAGAGGUAAGGAGGGAGGAAAGACGUGACUUUACCGAAAAAACACCAAUGAGUAAUUUUAUGCAGUCACGAAAGCUUUAAUACUUUAUUAAGUUUGACGUCGGUGUACCAGCUGGCCCGUGAGGUGACAGACGAAGCCGUGUUCCAUUACGAUACGGGGAGGGCUUCUGCGCGUCUGGUCUCAUCUCGUUUCGUUCUCUGCUCCCCCCCCACCCCUAACAUUCGUGGCACGUUCGUGAGCGUGGCUGGCGAGCGUCUCGUCGGCACAUUUGUCCGUACGCACGUCCGCAGCGUCUCUCGGCGAAAGGUGUUGCGAUGCACCGUCAAAAAAAAUCGAAACAACACGGAACGAAUUUGCACGUUCCCCUACUUCAUAAAUGCGAAUCGUUGCAACGGACUCUCUCCCGAAGAGUUGUCUGCGCGAAAGAAGUUCCAACAUUACAAACGCAAUCAAAUUCCUUGGUUUUCAUAUUUUGCGUGCCUCGUACAUUGUGGGAAAGUUGAUGAUGAUGAUGAUAACGAGUGGUGGAAUGUAAAUCGCGUGCUCGCAGUGGCGAUUGGCGGAAUAUGGGAACGUGCCUUGCGUGGCGUGUGCAAGGGAAUAGGAACACAAGAGCUGAUGUCACCGAAGGCAGUGCUCACGAACCACAGCACGGCAGUGAAUGAGGUCGCGAGCUUCCUAUUGUGCAGUUUCCAACACACGGGAAGCUUAAUUGGGCCCCCCCCCCCGCUGAUAAUUCAUUACUGUCCGUUAAUUGCGUUUAACGAAUGUUGUCCAAGCUGCGGUUGGCUGACAUCCAGCACCGUGAAUGUGGGUGAAUCCUAAUCGCUCUUAUUUGCUGCUCAGCCGUUACCACACCCACGGUGCAAUUACUACGACGAUGGCGAUAAUGAUUAACAUGUUAAACCCAGUGUUACUGCAGAGCGACACCGUUUGUCUCGGCUUCCAUCGUUCCGUCAAUGUGUUCGUAUUAAUAAUGCAAAUUACCAGCUCUCAGUCCACCCGGAUUCAUAUUCUGCUUUAGCUCUGUCUCGCAAUGUUACGUUUUCCACAGUGUGUGAAUUAGGGGUGUGAUGAUGUAUCGAUUACUAUCGAUUAUUUAGCUCCUGGCAGGUGCAUCGAAGGAAGACGCGUGUGUAACAAUCUGUACUUUUCGAGUCGUACACACAGUCGUAUGAAGUUUAAGAUGUUUACUUCACCGCUCCAGUCACUAGAUGCGCUACCAUUCACCGCAAUGAACAAAAGGAAUACAUUAUUGGGAGAGUCACAAACACUGUGUGACAAUUCAUAGGAUAUUGUUCUACUCAUAGUGUACAUUACGACGCGUGUUUGAUUCUUGGAACUAAACCCCACCCCCCCCCCCCAAAACAUCUCUGUACCAAGGUUCUAAUAAUAUAUUGUCUAUUAAUUACAGUUCUCACGUUCCACCGCUUCCUGCCCAGUAGAAAUUACUAGUCAUUGCGUCCACGUGCAUCCGGUUCACAUGACACGUCGAUAUUGCACAGGGAAUGCAGAAGCCGUGGAGUGCGCAUUGUGAUGAGCAAGAAUCAUGCUUGUGAUUAAUAUUGCCUACUGCAAAGAGGAACUUUCGUUUUGCCAAAAAAGUGGUUCCCUUAAACCAGUGGUUCUUAACUUUUACUGUAGCCUUGCACCCCUUUGGUUCUAAAUCUUUAAGAAGAAAAAAAAUCUAUCACGUUAAUAAAUAAAGUAGCCGUCCUUACGUGCCCGUGCUUAAUUUGUGUUUCGAUGAUUUACCUUCUAAAAACAAAUCUGGCCAUGUGUCGCACCCCCAGAAAGGGCAUCUGGCACCCUAGGUUAAGAACCACUGCCUUAAAACCCCAACGCGUGGCCUAAAAUAUUCCACGGCGCGCGCUCGGCGUUUGCACCCACUUCGUACACGGUCACGUGUUCAUCGCAAUGAUUGAGUCUCGUUUGGGGGUCAACAGUGCCGGCUGUCACGUGUUGUACACGUGGGCAUGGGAACAUAGACGGCUGGGCAGGCAACUGCCCCCCCCCCACCCUUCAUCUUUUUGUGAACGGAUGUGCCAGCCACAUGCCCUGCUUUCUCAAUUACAAGCCAAGCAGUCUUGAGCCUGCUUGGAUUUUUUUUUAUGGGUGACCACCGGGGUUUGUGGCCAGGUGUUGUAGGCGUGGGGCUGUGUGGUAGCCACGAGUUAGCAGUGUUGAGUGUCACCCCGUCCCCUCGUAUGCGUGGUGGGUUUUCUCCGGAUUUCUCCGCUUUCCUCCAACGUGAAACCAAACACUCGUUCACGGAAUUGGCCAAACAUCCCAAUGCAAGAAGGACCCUUUAAAAAAAAACAGGUCCUUGAAACUUAAGUGAGGCUUUCCUUUCAAAAUAAUUGUGACCAUUAUUAUUGCUUGAUCAUGUUCAUGACACGGACCACCACGGAUUAAUGCAAUCCCCCCCCAAACUUAAAUUGUUCUCACAUCACCUGACACCAACGUCUGGUUAUCACGGUCAACCGUUAGAACUCGCCAUGCAGUUCUUUACGAUUCGAUGAAUUGUCGUGGUUCGAUUCACGAAUUCUGAUUUUUGUUAUUUUUAUCAUCGUGAUGAAAACGGCGCCUCUGGUGGCUGCGGGCGUUCAUGCGACCCAAUUUACAUUUUGUACGAAUCGACAAACGAGAUCAAACUUCACGCACGCGACUUCAGAUGCACGCGACUUUAAUUGAUUGAAUCAAAUGCGUUGUUGCGUGCCCAAAGUGAACGCAGAAAUGGCACAUUUGCCAACCCUACCAACUUAAGCUUCCUAUUAUUAAACCCUGUUUACCGCGUACCGGUUUACAAAACGAAUCCCACCGUUUUGUAAAAAUUUGGGAGAAACAUAAAAGCUCCCAACAAAAUUUCGAUUCAAUCGUGGCUUUGAAAAUCGGAGUGACCUGCGUGCAAGACGAACAUUAAUUCUGUAUUUCAGAAUAAAAAUAUUUAUUUUAUACUGAAGGAAUCCGAUGAGCUAUAAAGCUCUUUUGCACAGACGUCCAGUCGGGGCGGGAAAGAACGUUACAACAACAAACAGUACACAAACAUUAUAGGAGUGCAACGUACAGGAAAGCUAAAAAAAAUCACCCAAACACAUGCAAACCAAAACUAAACCAUCCCCAUCCUAACAGGCAAAAAUCCCGCUGAGGUACGCACUUAUUUUUGCAGAAGCAACCUGGCCACAAAUGGAUAAGCUCAACAACGUAGCCCCAAACCGCGUGUUACUUUUGCAGGAACCUCCACACCGAUGCCCACGUGGUGUCUGACUCAAGGGCAACACUCGCAGUCGUUUUGAAACUAUGGCACUGGGAUUACGGACUCGGCAUGGAAAACCCGCCAGCUUCACAGUUAGAUUAACCAUCACAAAUGACAAGGGUUACGAUUGAAUUCAAUAAUUCGCUGUAGAAACGAGGUUUCAUCAUGUCAUUUGAAUUUUGGUCAUUUUUUUCCUCUCUCGUUCGUCCAGUUUUGUUCACCCCCGAUAGCUGACGUUUGACAUUAAGAUAUAAUUUGCAUACCAUCCGCACCUUUUUCAAUCCACAACGUGCAGUGUCGGCCAUGGUUGUUGUUUUGACCACACUUCACCGUGCCCGUAAGUAUGGUGAAGGGGCGGGGAAGGCCGGACCGGUUUAGAAAUUUCACCUGCCUCUUGAUGUUGCCUCUUGCCAGGAAUCGAACUCAACUUUCGGCUCCCCCCCCCACCCCCCCCCCCCCCCCCCCAAUUUAAUUUUCUUUUUCUGGGCGUUUGAUUUACAGCCACACUCAGUGUCGAACUCACGAGGGUUCCUUCUUUUUAGUUUAAAAUUAUUAUUGUUUUAGCCAAUUCAUAACGAGUGUGUUUAUACAGGUGGGGGGGGGGGGAGGAAACUGAGUACCUGGAGACCUCCCCCCCUCCCAAAAACGCAAGUGGAGGUUGGAAGAUACAAUACUUAUCGAUUGUAAAGCGUUAAGCGACGCUCACGAAUACGCUUCGACGUUGUGUCUAACUGCGAGCGCGAGAAUCUGUUCCGAAGGAUGCCCGAGCGACGCGUCUUUACGCGCGCGCGCACGCUGCCACAACGGCAUGCGAAGAGCCACCACGUUUUAGGUGCGGCGCAAAUGUUCGUCGCGAAGGGACGCGUGAGAGGAAUUGUCCUUUCACAGGGAGAGCUCAACGCUCGAGCCGUCGUGACUGACGGUGGAGGAGAGCGGUGAAUGUUGGCAUUCGGGGGGACUUUUAUAUCGUGUCAAAGAGCAUUGGAUUUUCCAGUCGGCGAAGCUGUCGUGAGUUGAUGUCGCGCACAAGCUUUUGUGCCUUUUUAAUGAGAUUUUUUUUGGCCGGGGGGGGGGGGGGGGCUGGGGAAAUUUGUACAAAGACUUUUGUAACUGUUUAAAAAAAAAGGCUCGGUAAUCAAAAGUAUCGUGAUGGCACGUGACUAAGUGUUCUGUCAGUCUUCAUUUCUGUGAAUAUAAUUUAGAACGUCCAAAUGACUUUUAGGGGGCGCAGCUAAUGUAUAGGUGGUGUGCUAAGCUAACGUAACGUGCAAUUUGUCACAACUUUAUGUGUCCAUAGCAAUUUCAUAAAGACUUGUUUUUUCGCCAAUUAUGAAAAUGAAUGUUAUUACGCAAUUAUUACAAUGUGUAGCCCUUUUAUGGAUCCACCACCGAAUGAAGGCCCUGUCAGUCGUGACUGUUGUUUGGACCAUACGUUACCACACUGGGCUGUGUGGGUUAACGAAGCGGGUGGUGGGGUUAGUGGGGGUGACCCGGACCGGUAUGGCGAUCGCUCACCACUGCUGUUAUAAAAAUUAAACCGAAGCUUUGCAGGGUUCCCUGUGCAAUGCACUCAUCACUGCGCCACCCCUCCCCCAAUGUAGCAUUAUUAUUAUUAUUAUUUUGUAUGGAACAUUAAGGGGGUGCUGGCCUGAUCGUACUGGAGUUGCAAUCCAGAGUUAGACGGGUUCGAUCUCUUGGCGCGGCAGUCAGAAUAAUGGCCACGUUUCUUCAUAACCUCGCAACCUCUGUCCGCCCGGCAGUUAUAACCGGGCAACACCGCAGGAGGUUGAUCGGCAGGUCACGUGUGAUGGAUUAAAGUGUGGGUACUCCAACCUCUUCCAACACGUCUAGCCAGCUUGUAAGAGUAGGCGAAAAUUCCCUCGGGUGAGGGGGGGGUACUCACGUUUUCCUCUCGAGGGUGGCCCUUCAAUCGCAGCGGCCUGCACCUUGACCUCCAUACAACAUUACAUUUCUUAAGCGGUGAAAAUGAACUUGAUCGAAUGCACGAAUCGACAGAAGCCCUCUGGCUCCUAUCAGGGCAAGACGCUGAAGCUUCCGUCUGCGUCAAUACGAUGCAAAAGAGUUGGAGCUGCGCACAGCAUCUGAACACAGUUAAACGUGAGAGAAUACAUUGCGUAGCUGUGGCUCACGGUGUAGUGAACCGAGACUGUUCCUAUCAGACACUGCGAAACCCAUAACGCGGCUACAACCACCAAUUAGUGAACACGUUUUAAUCAUAUUUAUUUAAGGGAAUACUUCCACCGCUUAAUGUUUCCUUAACCUCACCACACUGCGUUAUAUUUAAAAAAAAACUACAGUACGGACAGAGGCGAGUUGCUUUUGAUGAAAUGAAGAAGAAGAAAAAAAAACCCUCCGUUGUUAAACUUUUAAGAAAAUGAGAAGUAUAUUUUUUUUAAUAGAUCUCGUCAGCUUUUUUACAGAAAUAAUGUUCACGUCGCAAACGACGGUGGUGGGAAUGCAUCCCGAGUUUUCUCGGCUCAUUUUCUUUUUCCCCCCAUUUGUAAGGUUUGUCACUGUUGGGUGGUCAUUGGUGGAAAUUCCACGUCGCUGUAGCAAGGGACGAAGCUGCCCAUUGGGACAAGCGUUGUUCGCGUUGAGCCCACCACAUGCCAUCGAGUCGCUGUGUGUGAUUGUAUACACAGCUAUACAUGUACAUUAUAAGCCUCGUGAGUAUUGUGUGUGUCGCCACAGAUGACAUGCAUUGCUCAUCUUUAAUAAAAGCUGUGACGGCCAAUUCGCCAAGGUGUUUGUAUGCGCACUCUACCGAAAACAAGUAUGAUGUACAGAACAAGACGAAAUUUUAAAUCAAUAAUAAUAAUAAACACAUCUUUGUAGAUAAUACGGUU